CCGGGAAAGCGUAAACUAAAACACGUUUGUACGUCAAAAAUAAUUGUUUUUGAGUGAAAAAUGAGUCGAAAAAACGAACAGCAUGCCGAUGGCUCAGAAGAAAUGCUGGAGUCAAUAGAUGAACUAAAAGAACGACUGACUUCCAUGAAGAAGAUGAUGGAGGAACGUAAGGCCGCCGGAUCCGGCACCAAGGACUUAUUCCAAGGUCACGCGCAGAGUCUCCAGGGCACCAACAUGAUCGACGGGAACUUUUUGAGUUUCGUCUUCGGGGGCUCGCUGUUUGUGAUUUUAAGCGUCUCUGUCUAUGCUUUCUACAAUCUGUAUCACGCCGUCUUAAAGAAAUUCCCUUCGAAGCACACAGAGCUUUAA